UCAACAUACAAAUGCCAACCACACAAGGGCUGUGACAAUUUUCAACAAAAAAAUAAAACCAAAAAAAAUAAAUAGGCAUAAAAAACACAAAGCAAAGCCACUGAGUGUAAUUCAAUUCGAUCUCGGUGGGCUAGUAAAAUUCAGUCAUUUACAUUUGACCCAGCCCUGACCAUAGUCUCGUUUUGUGACAAUGGCAAUGGCCAACGGUGCAAUGAAAGCGACUCCAUCCGUGGAGCAAGUAUCUGUAGCCAAUACCUCGAAUGCACAGAAACGCAAGUCCAGUCAUAUUCCUGUGCCCAGCUCUAAGCUCAGUUAUGUGAAGCCCCGCCAGUAUAAGAGCACCUUGAAGAAGGACAACUCGACGGGGAACUGUAGCAAGGGCAGCAUUAGCCUCAGCCCCGGGCCACCAAACGAUGAUUCCGGCAUCGGAAUGGACCACUCAGUGGAAGUCAGCGAGUGUUCGGUGAUUAGCUGCCCCAGUGAUCUGACCGAGACUGGCAAAGCCGAGCAGGAAUCCCUGAGAGCUCUCCAGCGAGCUGUGGCUGAGAUGGAGGCAGAUCUAAACAUCAUCGAAAGCGAUGGGGAUGCCAUCAGCGACAGUGAUGGCGAUACCGUUACUGCAGAGAAUGUGAAUCAUUGCAAGGACCCAGACCCAGAGAAGGAAGUGCAGAACGCUGUCAUAGAGAAGGUAGACCAACUGCAGCCAGAGUCAUUGUUACCGCCACAGCAACUGCUCGUGGUACCCGUUGUACUCCAAGAAGAAGAUACUCCGCAGGCGCCGAAAUCCCCACAACAGCCCCAUGAAAUGGUGGAAGAAAUUUUACAGAACCAAAAAGGAUUGAACUCCGAAAAUGAGCGCGAAGUGGUAGAGGAAUGGCUGCAGAACCUCAUCCAUGGUGCAGUGGAGGACGAUCAGAUGCCACCACAGGACCAACAUGACGAUGUUCUACCAUCUACUUACAAAACAGUAGAAAAGAAUGAGCAUGAGGAUGUGCUACCACCACUCAUGUCUCAUCCAGUUGAAGACAUAAUGCCUCAGGGGCAACACGACGAAGAAAAAGCUAUCGAGAUGGCAACAUCGAUAUCCGUACCAGUAGGAGAGAUUCAAAAGGAGGCAGCAGACGCAGGGAUAGUGGAGCAUCUGCAACUUGGACACUUGGACUUGGACACUUGGACCGCACUCACGUCGGAGGCAGUGGAAUCCAAUUCAAAUACUGCUGAAGAGGUUAUAACGCAGGAGGAGCAGCCUACUGCAAAUGCGCUUACCACAGCUGAAGCGAUGAUGGAUUUGCAAGAGCAAUUCCUCGCCAACACCAAUGGAGACGAUGAAGAGUCUGUCCAUUCCGAUUUAGAUGGCCGGCAGAACCGGAUUCAAGACCUCACCUCGUAUGUGAACGACGGCAUGACUCUGAAGGGAGAUACGUGUGUUAGGGUAAUAGUAUCAACUAAAAGUAGCUUGGAAAAUAUCUUGCAGCUGCAAGAUGAGCGUCCACAAACUACGCUCAACGAGAUGGAUGAGAUAAGCGAGCUGCAGCAGGAUCAGGACUACGGGCAAUUACAAUCCAAUUCAAAUGCAGUGGAAGAGAUCCUGGAGCUUCAACAGGAGAAAAUGGACGAAGCAAAUGGACUACCCAGUACAUCCAAGCAAGUCGUGGGAUUGCAACAAAUGCAGCAAGUGGAAGAGAUCCUGGAGCUACAACAGGAGCAAAUGGACGAAGCAAAGGGACUACCCAGUACAUCCAAGCAAGUCGUGGGAUUGCAACAAAUGCAGCAAGUGGAAGAGAUCCUGGAGCUACAACAGGAGCAAAUGGACGAAGCAAAGGGACUACCCAGUACAUCCAAGCAAGUCGUGGGAUUGCAACAAAUGCAGCAAGUGGAAGAGAUCCUGGAGCUACAACAGGAGCAAAUGGACGAAGCAAAGGGACUACCCAGUACAUCCAAGCAAGUCGUGGGAUUGCAACAAAUGCAGCAAGUGGAAGAGAUCCUGGAGCUACAACAGGAGCAAAUGGACGAAGCAAAUGGACUACCCAGUACAUCCAAGCAAGUAGUAGGAGUGCAACAAAUGCAGCAACUUUCUACGUCGUGGCUGCUUGAAAAGUUCAUCCAGACGCUGGAUAAUGAGAAAAAUGCCGAGCAAAUCAAAAAGCUAUUGGAAGAGAUCAUUAAGCUACAAAACGAGCAGCCAGAGGAGCUGCCACCAAACGCGUUGCAGCCAGAGCAACAUGAAGAGAUGGAGCUUUCGCAGGAGGUGGAAACUGUUUCAUCACCACGCCGCAGUUGUAGCCACAGCCCCUUGCUAGGGAUGGCUGGUCUAAGAGCUUUGGAAGGAUAUUUGGAUGAUGGUAUACUGCGCCAUCUGAUGCAGCAGGAGCAGGAGGAAAAUAUCGUACUACCAGCCCGCAGCGAGGAAGCUCUGGUUGAGCAGGAGGACAAUCUUGUCGAUGUGGAGACUAUCCAGGAGAAGCCAUGCUGCAAGAAUGCGGGUCACUUUCGUGCGCUCCUGCAGCAGCUCCGGGCUUACAAGAUGCCGACGGAGAUUAUACCCCUUGCGCUGUUCGGCACGGCAUUCUGCUUGUUUCUUUUCUUCCGCAAGUUUUAGCACACAUUAACCAAAAAACAAAAAAAUAUAACAUUAAAUCUGAAAUAUGCAAACACAAUAUUCCCAGAUCGAAUUCAUCAAAAUCGCAUAACGCAAUGUUUUUGAGUUGCUAAAUUAAAUUAUAUUUUAAAAUGAAAACAA